CUUCACUGUAUCUUAUUGGCGCCCAAACGAAACAAAACUGCAUCUUCAAAGGUUCCCCGUAUAGAAAUUGAAAAUCCAAACAAAAAAAUGGCACAACGCCGGGAGACUAAGUACGAAAACCUGUCCGCCCAGUUUAGGCUGAAGACUCACGAUUACCAGAAGCAGUUCUGCCACCUGUAUGCCCACCGGUUGGCCGAGAUGACCCGUCUCCUUAGUCCACUGGCACAGGAAAAGUGGGGUCGCAAGGAGCCCAUCAAGAAACUGUGUGAACUGCGUGGCGAGCAGGAUGUGCACUGCAUCCUCAUCGGCACCAUAUACAAGCACCAAGCUCACAAGCCUAGUAUCUUAAGGGACAUUUCGGAGGAGAACCAGCUGGCGCCGCAGCCACCCAGACAAAAUUACUCUGAGCCGGAGGACAAACUGGUGCUGGAGGAUGAGCUGCAGCGCGUGCGGUUGCAGGGCGAACUUCUUCAGGGCCAGCUUAUGGCCACCGGAGUAGUAUGUGCCGUGCUUGGAGGCACAGACAGCGAAGGCUUCUUCAACGUGGAGGACGUACUUUUCUACGAGAGCGGACCGCAGAAACCUUUAAAAACCAAAAACAGCAGCCGGCUCUUGGUUCUAGUUUCUGGAUUGGAUCAAAUACAGGCCCACACCUUUGCAGACGCCCUCAAUCUGUUCCAGUAUUGGCUAGCUGGAAGUUUUGGUAAUGGAAAAGAGGCUGGCUCUAUAGUGCGCCUUAUUGUGGCAGGCAACUCUGUCCGAGCUAGUGCUGUGGCCCAUGUACCAACUUUACAAGUGGCCAGAACUCAGGCAAACGCCAACGAUACUGUCCAAGCUGUCACACAAUUGGACAAGUGGUUUGCCGCCUGGGCCCGCAGUCUGCCCGUGGAUAUUCUUCCAGGAGCCUAUGAUCCGGCUAAUUUUAUGCUGCCCCAGCAGCCGUUCCACAAAUGCAUGUUCCCGGAAGCAGCUAAGCUCUCCUCUUUCCAGGCAGUGACCAACCCCUACAGCUGUCGCCUCGACGAGGCCUUGGUGAUGGGUACUGCCGGCCAGAACGUCUCGGAUCUGCUGCGCAGCACCUCACUAGACUCUGCACUAGAAGCCCUCAGAUGCACCCUCAAGUGGGGACACGUUGCUCCCACUGCUCCGGAUACUUUGGCUUGUUACCCAUAUAUCGACAGCGAUCCUUUCAUUCUUCGUGAGUGCCCGCACGUAUACUUUGCCGGGAAUUGCGCCUCCUUUGAGACGGAUCUGCAUGAGAGCUCCAGCGGAAAACGCACUCGCCUCGUAUGCGUGCCCAGUUUCAGCAGGACGCAGAGCGUCGCCGUGGUGGACCUGGAAACUCUCGCAUGCCGCCAGGUUAACUUUAGCGUGGAAUCCGAUUAGCUGUUACAAUUAAAAUAUAAUGCCAGUUAAGUCUCG